GUGUGUGUGUGUGUGUGUGUGAGUGUCAGUGCGUGUCUUUGCAUGCCGCAAAUCUUUCCAUUUACUAAAAUUGGCUUGGCCCAACCAACCAAGUUCAAAGUGCCAAACGAAAAAGAAGAAAAAUAAAAGAGAAAUAUUCUCAUCCUCAGCUAACAGUGCUUUAGCUUCUUCAAACAAAAGAUGGCAGCAAAUACCACAAACAACCGCACCACAUCAUUAAUAUUAUUAAGAGUGCCCCAAAAAAGUGGAGCAACAAUUAAGAAGAUGCCACAUCAAUUCCUGCUCCUACUGAUCUCCACAUUACUGGCAACCAUAUAUACGAUAGACGCCAGUCCCGUAUUUGUGGAUAAUCCCAGCUUAGCACAGUUUCAAUCUGGUCGAAAUAUACGUCAUUUACCAUGCAUAGUACGCAAAUCGGGCAGAUCUGGUGUCUGUAUGUUUGCCAUUGAUUGCAUUAAACAGAAUGGCACACAUUUGGGCACUUGCAUUGAUCGUUUCUAUUUUGGCUCUUGCUGUGCCUUGAAGGACGAAGCCUCUUUGUUUGCUCCAGAAAUCAGUGAUAAUAGCAUCGAUCAGAAUACCAUUUCACAUUUUGCUCACGAGUCAACCACAUUGCCAACAAGCGCCCUCUUUAAGCUAACCACCGAGGGUAGUGGCAGCAGCAGCACCACCGCAAAAUAUAGUCCUCAGACAGCUAGCGAGCUACUGAAAAAUGUCACGCAAUCAUAUUUGAGUACAGUGAAACCCAUACGUACCACACAUCCCACCACAAGAAGGCCCGCAGCAUCUCACACCACUCACAAGAAUUCGCAUUUUGUGGUACGCACCACUGUAAAGCCAAAUCUGGGGCCGUUAUCGACGAAAGCGACAUUAACAAGCAGUAGCACCACAGUGAAACCACCACGUCGUCGACCCACCCACAGCACGACCAGCAAUAGGCCGGUGUUAACCACCAGCCAGGCUGUGCUGGAGCAACGUAUCGAAACCACCACGGCGCCAAGUAAAUUUGUAACAUUUCAAAUUGUAGAGACAACUACGCCACAACCCACCGAAGCCACCCAACAUUUGGUGGAGGCAACUACUACAACCAAUAAGCGGCAUCACACAAAACCCACACAAAGUAGUAGAAGAACAACGUCAACAACAACCACCAGAGGCACAACUACCACUACCACAACAACAACAACUGCACGUCCAACACCACCGUUGCGCACCACCAGCACCAGCAGCACAGCAAAACCACACAAAACCCAGAGUAGCAGGCGACCGGCACCGGCCAAGAAACCGAGCACAACAACCACAGGCACUUCGGAUAGUGCCACACCCACAACUUCGGGAACCAGGAGGCCUGUAGAAAGCAGUAGCACCACCACAGCACCACCACCGCCACCACUUAGAGAUGAAGUCAACAAUGUGCCCGAACGUGCCACAACCAGCACCACACAUGCGCCCAGACCUAGGCCACAGCCGACGGGAGAAGUUGUUAAAGUGCCAGCACUUCUGGCAGAGCCUACACCAACAACGCCAACAACAACCACCACUGCCAGCAAAGAAACAACCAAGGUUAUGCCAACGACAACAACAACAACCGCUAAGCCAACAACAAUUACAACUGAGGCAACAAAAAAAGCUACUCCCAGCAGCACCACCACUACAAGAACAACAAGCACAACAACAACAACCACCACUCCAGCAACAACAACUACAAGGAAAUCUACAACAACCACAGCUGCAACAACAACCACUGCAAAGCCAACACGUCGUCAUACAACAAAACCACCGACCACAACAACAACAACAACAACAAGAAGACCAACAACCACCAUUGCACCACAAUUACUAACAACAACCACCGCAAAGCCUGGCCUAAUCACCUGGACAGAUGUAGAAGCGGAACCCAUGACAAAUGCCACCAUAACGAAUGAUUGGCAACCCGCAGCACCACCAACCAAUUGGAUUGCAGUCAACAAAACCACCAGCACCACAGUGGCACCAACACCAUCAGCACCACCAAGUGCCACCGAUAAGGUGGUUAUCUCAGUGGCCACAAGUGUUAGCACCAGUCAAUCGAAACCCGGCACAGGAUCUAGCACUACGAGUAAGCCACACAGAACCACUAAGCCACCAACGACGACAAGCACCAGCACCACAACACCCAGCACUACCACUACCACAAGAACAACAACAAUAACCACAGAUGCACCGCUAGUAAAUGAGAUCUCUAACAGCAGCAGCAGCGUUGAAUUAGCCUCCUCUACAUCAUCUUCAUCUUCAGCUGAGCAAAUGGGCACCACCACAACGGAUUACAGUGGUGAGGAGCUGAACACAACGAUUGAUGCAACGGGCAGCACCACAUUGGCCCCAACAAAUGCAUUGGAGGGCGUCGAUUACAAGGAAGUUUGUGGUCGUCGCAUGUUCCCAGAGCCACGCAUAGUUGGUGGAGCUAAUGCCGCCUUUGGUCGCUGGCCAUGGCAAAUAUCGUUGCGUCAAUGGCGUACCUCGACAUAUUUGCACAAAUGUGGCGCUGCCCUGCUCAAUGAGAAUUGGGCCAUAACAGCGGCUCAUUGUGUGGACAAUGUACCUCCCUCUGAUCUGCUUUUGCGUUUGGGUGAAUACGAUUUGGCCGAGGAGGAAGAACCUUACGCUUAUCAGGAGAGACGUGUGCAAAUAGUUGCCUCCCAUCCUCAGUUCGAUCCACGGACAUUCGAAUACGAUUUGGCUUUACUCAGAUUCUAUGAGCCUGUGGUCUUCCAGCCGAACAUCAUACCGGUUUGUGUGCCCGAAAACGAUGAGAAUUUCAUUGGCCAGACCGCCUUUGUUACUGGCUGGGGUCGGCUAUAUGAGGAUGGCCCAUUGCCCAGUGUUUUGCAAGAGGUCGCUGUGCCAGUUAUCAAUAAUACCAUAUGCGAAUCCAUGUAUCGCACUGCCGGCUACAUUGAGCACAUUCCCCACAUAUUCAUCUGUGCCGGGUGGAAAAAGGGUGGCUACGAUUCAUGCGAAGGCGAUUCCGGUGGACCAAUGGUCUUGCAACGUGAAGCGGAUAAACGUUUCCAACUCGGUGGCGUUAUCUCUUGGGGCAUUGGCUGUGCGGAGGCCAAUCAACCGGGCGUCUAUACGCGCAUUUCCGAGUUUCGAGACUGGAUCAAUCAAAUUCUACAGUUUUAGUCUAUAAUUUAGUGAAUGCCUAGCACGUCUUCCCACAAUUCUCCCCCAAAAAUCCCGUCAUUCUUCAACUAGAACUCGUGCUUUGGUUAUGAUCAUAUGAUAAAUCAUAAUCCGAGAAACGAUUUCAGUUGAUCCAUCACACACAUACACAUACACAUAUUUACCUCCACCACCCGAAAGCUGCUGAUAAAAGAAAGAAAAAAAAA